AACAAGGACAUAGUGGGAUUCAUAUUAUAUUUAUUGCAAAUAUACUAUUUAGAAAUGGAUUACACUUUUUACCUGUUGAUUGUUUUUAUAAUUAGGUAAAGUGUAAAUGUUAAUGAAGUGAAUCUUCAUCCUAAAAUAUUAUUUUAAUUAUUAUAUUAAAAUAUUAUUUUACAGUUUUCACUCCCUGGACGUGCAAAUUCCGAGGCAGACUUGAAUGUAUGAGCGGAGUUUCCAUGUGUAUACCGCCAGUCGUUAGCAGACAGUGAAAUAAAUACUGUUUUCGCCACAAACGUGACAUGUUACCGUCGACUUUGACGUCUGACGAGCAGCGGAACCUCGCGACGAACAUAUGUUUGUUUUUGUCCCACUACACACACUUACUGGACUCUUACAUCAUAGAGUUCUUCACCGAAGAGCUGUGGCUUAAGUUACCUUACAGCUGGCAGGUGGCGCUGCAGGACCUGUCCUACCCUCAGAUCGCAGACCUGUUGCUGGACUCUGGACAUGAAGACCGAAGGUACCCUUCAGUCUGGCCCCUGUCCCUUUUGGCCUACAGAGCCACUGCCCAUGCACUGGCGUUUUGCAGAAACAGCAGACGGCGACACCGUGUUGGCGCCAGCUCUGGUUCUAGUUCUAUCCCUGAGGAGUUCCAUGAAAACCUGAGUCAGAGUUCUCUGCUGGUCCACAUCUUCAGGAAACACGUCAAAGCCAAGAAACAGCAUGAGAUCCAUAAGCUGGGCCAUUUGGUGAAGGAACUGUGUGAGGAGACCGGCUGCAGCAGAGUGGUGGACGUCGGUUCUGGACAGGGUCACCUGACCCGCUUCCUGUCCUUCGGCUUGGGUCUGUCUGUCACUGCUGUCGAGGCUGACUGUACCCUGGUUGACAUGGCAACCAGAUUUGAUGGGCAGCUCCUGUGGGCCUUGGAGAAAGAGAAGAGAAGGAAGACCGGCUCUGAGCUCCCAGGCCAAGAAUCUGCCCCUCGUCAUGUGACUGCUUGGGUAAAUCCCAGGGGAACAUGGAUGGAUUUUAUGAAACAGCUCAACUCAACAGGAACCAGAAGAAAGAGCCAGUGUGGGCCAGAGCACCACAUGGGCUGCUGCCACCCAGCCCAGACCAGAUGCUCUCCAGUUGUCCAGGAGUGGACUCCCCAGACAAACAUUUGUGCUGAAGGCUUCAACUCCCGAGACCAUGAUUUCAUCCUUACCGGUCUCCAUGCCUGCGGCGACCUCAGCGCCACCCUCCUCCGUCACUUUGUCAACUGUCCCCAUGUCCGUGGAAUCACCUCAGUGGCGUGUUGCUACAUGAAAAUCACAACCGAGGAAAACCCCGUCCCACCGGGAGUCGUGGAAGCCCCCGCCCCGACUCUGGACUCGGACCCCUCGGUGUUUGGCUACCCAAUGAGCUCCUGGGUGCGAAGCUUGACUGGACACAGGCUAUCCUAUAAGGCACGGGAGGGGGCGUGUCACGCCUUGGAGGACUACGUCAGCAGACUGAAGGAUCAGAGUGAGCUGCUGAGGAUUCACUGCUACAGAGCCAUUCUAGAGACCGUCAUCAGAGACACCAGACCUGAACUACGAAGAGCUGGAAUACAGACCAUCAAGAAGGCCCACAAGUUGGACUUCACAGAGUACGCACGUCUGGGUUUGGCCAGGCUGGGCUUGCCUCUGGACCUAGAUCUGGACCAAAACCGUGUUUGUGGUCUACUGCAGCAGCAGAGGAAGGUGGUGGUCUUCUUCAGUCUGACUCUGCUGCUGGCUCCUGUGGUGGAGACACUGGUGCUGCUGGACCGGAUGGUCUACCUGCAGGAGAAUGGUGUGAACAGUCAGCUGGUGGCGCUGUUUGACCCAAACUUCUCACCCAGGAACUUUGUAUUGGUGGCCGUGAAGCCACGCCCACCAGGUGGACACACUCUUCCCAGCUCACAGUGAGGACACACACAAAGCCUCGCCCACAAGUCAGAAGCAACUGGACAGACAUUUUAAUGAGAAUCGUUUGUCAUCGAGGAUUAAACUAGGUUGUAACCACUGUUAUAAAACAUUGUCUGUCAGAUCAGAUAUUAGUAGGUUAGGUUGGAUAGGUUUGUUGUUACAUUUUUACCAGUAGGUGGAGACAAAUAUAAUUCUUCGCCGUCUUCUCCAGAGAAACAUGUUUUAGAGACUUUUUCCUUUGAGCCUCAGCUCAGAUUCGUGGGACGCGACCCCACACCCGUCAGCAGCUCAGCCUCUCACUGAAGAAACUUCCAGAACUUUACCAGAACAUUUCACUCUGACGUUUCUGGAUCAGUUUUCCAUUGAGCUGAAGUUUGUCAGUGAACACGCUGAGAAUGAACGACACCUGCGUGUUUUUACAGAGUUUUUGUGCAUAAAAAAUAAAGUUUCAAACACUGGAAUGAA